UUGUAGGUGCUUGGGGUAUGUUCGCUCGGUCUCAGGUUCCACAGCGGCGAGUUGAGACCGAGAAGGUCAGAGAGGAGACGCUGUCCGCGCCAGGCCUGGGGUAGGGUCCACUGUGCCCGCGUCCCCCCUCCUCCCCCGCCGUUCCCCGCCCCGUUCACAGUCCGAUGGCGGCGGCGGCGCUGAGGAACCCGCCUCAGGCCUGUGUGACCUUUGAGGACGUGGCCAUUUACUUCUCCCAGGAGGAGUGGGGGCUCCUUGAUGAGGCACAGAGGUUCCUGUACCAUGAUGUGAUGCUGGAGAACUUUGAACUUACAACAUCCCUGGAUUGUCAGUGUGGAGCAGAGGAUGAGGAGAUCCCUUCUGAGCAGAGUGUUUCUGGAGGAGAGUCACAGGUCAGGACUUCUCAGUUAGUUCCAUCAAACCAGAAGACUCGUCCCUGUGAGAAGUGUGUCUCAGUCUUGAAAGACAUUUUGCAGCUGACUGAGCUCCAGGCAGCAUAUCUUGGGCAGAAACCAUACUUUGGUGGGGGGUCCAGCGGCUUCUGGUUGAAUGCAAGCCUUCACCAGUAUCAGGAGCAUGGCAAUGGAGAGAAAAACCUUAAAAUGGAUGUGGACAGGUCCUCGAUUGUGACGAGCUGCAGACUCCAUGUGUCAGGGAAGCCCUUCCCCUGUGGGGAAGAUGGAAAAGACUUCCUAGCUACUUUGGGCCUUCAUCAGCACCAGGCCACUCCCAACAGUGAGAAGCCACACAGCAGCAUUGAGUCUGGGGAGGCCUUAAACAAUGGAAAAAGUCAUAACAAGUGGAUUGAAUGCAGGGAAGUUUUUGGCAACACUCAUAUACUUCACCACCAGAGAGUCUGCGCUGGAGAAGGUCUUGAUGAGUGUAGCAAAUGCAAAUACAGAUUUGUUCAGCACCAGCAAACUCACGUUGGAGAAAGGCCUUAUGAGUGCAGUGAAUGUGGGAAAUUCUUUAGCCGUAAAACCCACCUCAUUCGACACUGGAGGGUUCACACAGGAGCAAAGCCUUAUGAGUGCAGUGAAUGUGGGAGGCCUUUUAGCCAGAAAUCUGACCUCAUUCAACACCAAAGAGUUCACACUGGAGAAAAGCCUUAUGAGUGCAGUGAAUGUGGGAAAUCUUUUAUCCAGAAAUCCAUCCUCAUUAAACACCAGAGAGUUCACACUAAUGAAAGGCCUUAUAAAUGUGAUCAAUGUGGAAAAUCGUUUAGCCAAAGUUCUGGCCUCCUUCGACACAAGAGAGCUCACACUAGAGCAAGGCCUUAUGAGUGCAGUGAAUGUGGGAAAGCCUUUAACUGUAAAACCCACCUCGUUCGACACUGGAGAGCUCACACUGGAGUUAGGCCUUAUGAGUGCAGUGAAUGCGGAAAAUCUUUUAGUGAGAAAUCUGUCCUCAUUCAACACCAAAGAGUUCACACUGGAGAAAAGCCUUAUGAGUGCAGUGGAUGUGGGAAAGCCUUUAGCCAGAAAUCUGUCCUCAUUCAGCACCAGAGAGUUCACACAGGAGAAAGGCCUUAUGAGUGCAGUGAAUGUGGGAAAUCCUUUAGCCGCAAAACCCACCUCAUUCGACACUGGACGGUGCACACUGGAGCAAGACCUUUUGAUUGCAGUGAAUGUGGGAGAUCCUUUACUCAGAGCUCUGGUCUCCUUCGACACAGGAGAGCUCAUGUGCAGUGAGUGUAGGAAAUCCUUUACCUGCAAAUUUAACGUCGGUCAACACCAAAGAGUUCACACUGGAAAAAGUCUUGCACAUGCAAUGAACGUGCUUUUUUCUUACUUAGCAUCAUUGUGUUGGAGGA